CUAACUCUUCAGGACAAGACAGUAGGUUUGCGUUCCGCUUUAAUACCACAGAAGAAGGAACAUAUUUUUGUGAAAACCCAGCCGACAUUGAAGCCUAUCAAAGUUGUCGAAAUGAUGGAGGACAAACCCAGCCUGCUGCUCUCCAUCCACACUGAACCCAAACAAGAGUCACUGGAUUCUGACUGUGACAGUGGAACUCAGUGUUCAUUGGUGGAUUCAGAGAUGACAUCAGUAAAGCAGGAAGACUGCAGUCAAGUACUGGGACUGAAUAUUAUUAAAGUUGAAAAGGAAGAGAAGUUUAUUGGGGAUUUAAUUAGUCAUGAUAAAAUUGCUGAGGUUGAUACAUUUCUUACAUCUGGACAGAAACAACAGGAAGAUUACAAACAUAAGAAGUCUCACCACUGUCCCCACUGUGGAAAAUGUUUUCUAUCUAUAUCACAUUUAAAAAGACACAUUAAGGUACAUACAGGAGAGAAGCGUCACUCCUGUUCUGACUGUGGGAAGAGUUUCUCUUAUUUAAGUAGCCUUAAGGAUCACCAGUACAUACACACUGGAGAGAAACCUUAUUCCUGUUCUGACUGUGGGAAGAGGUAUUCUCGAUUAAAUAUCCUUAAUAUGCACAAGCUCACACAUACAGGAGAGAAGCCCUUCUCCUGUUCUGACUGUGGGAAGAGUUUUUCUUAUUUAAGUAGCCUUAAGGUUCACCAGUACAUACACACUGGAGAGAAACCUUAUUCCUGUUCUGACUGUGGGAAGAGGUAUUCUCGAUUAAAUGUCCUUAAUGUGCACAAGCGCGUACAUACAGGAGAGAAGCCGUUCUCCUGUUCUGACUGUGGGAAAGGUUUUAUCAGAACUUCUGACAUGAUUCAACAUCUGAGAGUGCACACAGGAGAGAAGCCUUUCUCCUGUUCUGACUGUGGGAAGAGUUUCUCUCAUUCAAGCAGCCGUAAAGUUCACCAGCGCAUACAUUUAGGAGAGAAGCCUUUCUUCUGUUCUGACUGUGGGAAGAGUUUCUCUCAUUCAGGUAGCCUUAAAGUUCACCAGCGCAUACAUAUAGGAGAGAAGCCUUUCUCCUGUUCUGACUGUGGGAAGAGUUUCUCUCAAUUAGGUAGCCUUAAGGUUCACCAGCACGUGCACACUGGAGAGAAGCCUUACUCCUGUUCUGACUGUGGGAAGAGUUUCUCUCAUUCAGGUAGCCUUAAGGUUCACCAGCGCAUACAUAUAGGAGAAAAGCCUUUCUCCUGUUCUGACUGUGGGAAGAGUUUCUCUCAAUUAGGUAGCCUUAAGGUUCACCAGCACGUACACACUGGAGAAAAACCAUAUUCCUGUUCUGACUGUGGGAAGAGGUAUUCUCGAUUAAAUAUCCUUAAUGUGCACAAGCGCAUACAUUCAGGAGAAAAUCAUUUCUCCUGUUCUGACUGUGGGAAGUGUUUCAUUACUCCAUCUGGUCUUGCUCGUCACCAGAUAGUGCACACUAGAGAGAAACAUUAGUCUUGUUCUAACUGUUGGAAGAGUUUUUCUAAAUUAGGUAGCCGUAAAGUUCACAAGUACAUGCAUAAGAGAGAAGCCUCUCUCCUGUAAAGACUUUGGGAAGAGUUUUAUUAGAUCUGAUGCCCUUACUAAACAUCAGAAAGUGCACACAGGAGAGAAGCCUUACUCCUGUUCGGUCAGACGAGUUUCUCCCAGUAACCUUAAAGUUCAUCAGCGCAUACAUACAGGAAGGAAAACCUUACUUUUUUGAUGGUGGGAAGAGUUUUUUUUAUAAAGGGAAAAUAUUAUAAAUAGCAAUCUAGUGAACAUCUGUCUCUUUCAUACAUUAUCUAAACACAGUCAGAGUUAAUUACUGUAUUUAUUAGAGAGCUGAUGAGGCCAAUUGGUAUUAAAUACUCUGACCAGCAUAAUUCCUAAUGACUAAUUAAUUCAGUGAGAAACAAUGGACUGAGUCAAAUAAUGAUGGCAUUCAUUCAACAUGUUACACUAGCACCUACAGUAACCUUUUAUGUCAAAUUUUUUUUUUUAAAUCCCUUGCCCUGACUCUGCAAACUUGUGGUAUUUAUCAAUGGUGAUCUCCUUUUGGUGUCUGCAAAGUGGUCGCAAAUACAUAUUUUACUAUGCAUAUUCACAUUCUUAAUUCCAUUGGCAGGUACACAUUAAGGGUUGUUUGAGUAGAAGGGUUGAAAGAUGAGGAUUCUAGAAUCCAUAUUGUUAAAUGAGCUUUGUUAGAGGAAUGUUUUCUAUAUAGUUAUUGUGAAUUAAUUGUAUUUUUCUGUUGUUACAUGUAGAUUUUUUAAAUUUUAAUCCCGGUUAUUUCAUGUCAAAGCUCCUCUUGGGAUGUGGGGCUGACCUCUUCCUUGGUCCCCCUCACAAAAUAGCUCUCUGGCCUCAAUAGCUUUUUCCUACUUUUAAUAAAUUAAUAUAAAGGUUAGGUACAUAUCUGUUUGUAUGACAGUGAUUCUACACUAUUGUAAUUAUUUUCUUUCUUCAAAAAUUUUAUUUUUGUUGGACAAAAUACAAUUUGAAAACAAUCCAUGUUCAGUGUGUUAAUGCCAUUGGAUAUAUUAUCUGUAGUGUAAUGAGAAAUGUCUGUUGAGGUAGAGUGGAAGUGUAUUCGACGAAGAGGCGCGUCUGGCCACACCAAGUCUCCAACAGACCCUUGGUGAUGUUAAUCAGUGUCCUGGGUAACAUUUACUUCUCUAAAGAUCUG